AGUAGAUCCAAAAAGAAGGCAGUUUUUUUCAUCAUUGUUCAGUACAUUACAAAUCGUAUUUAUCUGUCUUUAUCACACUUACUACAAAACGUUUGUAGAGGCGCUUUUGUAUUUACAGAAAUCUUUUGAAAGUUACAUUAUUUGCACACGCCGUUCUGUUUUGUUCAUCACGCUACAUGCACUUGGAUUCUAUUUGUGGGUUUGUGUGGUUUCAAUAAUCAUCAUUCACCGGAAAAUGAGAUUUUGUAUUGUGUGCGGUAAUUCUGAAGACGACGUAAAGCAUUUAUUUUGCUUUCCCCGUAGCGCAGACAGCUCGCAAAUAUGGCAGGAAGCUAUGGGAAUGAAAUAUAGACCACUAUGUGGCCAUGUUAGAAUCUGCAAUGAGCAUUUCACAAAAGAUAGAUUUGUGCCGUGUACCUCAGUUUUACGUUUGAAAGCUGAUGCAGUGCCCACAAUUCUGGAAGUCCAGAAGGACCAUGUUAUGAAGGGACUGGACCAGAUAGCAAAUAAAAAAGUAAACAUUAUAUCCCAAUAUAUAAUAAAGCCAGAACCACAGACUCUUUUGGAUACCAAAUCAUUAAGUAAUGCAAACAGUGAAGUUACUGAACAUGAUAAAACAAAUUCCUCGCAGUCACCAUCCCAACGGGCUGCCACACCAAUUUCAAGUACAGUUAGAUGUAGAAGGACUCUUUUUAAGGACGUUGAAGGCUUGUGUUCAACACAGAUAACACCAAGAAAGCAAAAGUUGAUGGUUAUUGUGAAGAGGAAGCAGGGUCUAUCUAUGAUCUAAUGUUACUAGUUCUCAUUCAGUCUGUGUUUGUUAUGAAAAGAUGUGGCAUAGCAUUAUUAUUAUUGUGAAUCUUUGUUGUACUUAUGCAAAUACAAUUUGACAAAGCUCAA